CUGAAAGAUUGUUUAGGUUUCAUAAGACGUUUAAAAAAAAACAUGAAAUUUUCUUUUAUAUAACUAUUUCUAAAGCUUUAAUGUCAACAUUAUUGUCAAACCCCAGUUCGUCCAUGGCUGAAAGGAAUGUCACAGAAGAAGACAAACGAUUUUUACGAGAACAACUGUUGAAGCCGAGAAAAUUUUCUUGUCAUGAUUCUCCAAAUGAUUUCUUACACCAAGCUAUCAGGCGAUUGAAACAUGCACCCCACCGCAUUUUGUUAAAACUUGAUGAGAACAAAGCAGUUAUCUUUUUUGUACCAACACAAAUUAAUGAAAUUUUAUACAAUAUAUUCCUCUGCUUUGCCAAUCAAUCUUCUAUAACUCUUUCAGAGAAUGAAUUUAAAAAAAUGAUUUUUCAAUGUGGUAUUAUUAAAAUAAAAAAAUAUCCCGAAAAAUUACAAACUGUAAAAAGUUCUACUACUAAAAAUCCUCCUAUGCGGCAAGACAAAAUAACGCAUUGUAUAUUUCGCCAUUGUGAUAAUCCAAACGGAAAACCUAUAGGAUACGAACAUUUUCUUCGAGUCCUCUUUCGCCUUUCGCGUUACCUGUUUAGACGUUAUAGGCUUCGUGAUGAAGAAAUGAUUAAUGCAGUUGUACUAGCCUUGGUCAGAUCCCCAGUCAUUAAAAAAAUGUUAAAAAAUAAACAAACGAAUGCAACAAGGAUUCAGCUAGUUUCCGCGUCGACAAUGACUAACGAAAAAGGCAUGACAACAGAUUUUUCAACACGUUCGAAUCAUCCACAGGUACCAGAAAAAGCAUUCCUUACACUUUCAAAAACAUCCAAUCAAACAAGUCAUAUGAAACAGACAUUAAACAAUGAAAGUUUUGAUAAAAACGUGGAUUCCUUACAUGAAAAGAAAAUCGUUUCAACUAUUGAAAAAGUACCCAUUUUAAAGAAGAACGUUACUUUAAAAAAAGAACUUAUUUUAAAAAAGGACUUUAUUUUGAAAAAGGAUCUUGUUUUGAAAAAAGAACUUAUUUCAAAAGUAGAUCCUAUUUCAAAAAUAGAUCCUAUUUCAAAAGUAGAUCCUAUUUCAGAAAAUGGUCUAAUUCCGAAAAAAAAUCGUAUUUUGAAAAAAGAUCCUACAAAAGAAAAUGAUUUGAUUCUAAAAAAGAAUCUCUUUUUAAAAAAAGAAUUCACACUAAAAAAAGAUCACAUAUUGCAAAAGAAUUUUACUUUAAAAAAACAAUCUGGAAACGAAUGUACCCCCAAACUAUCUACUUUAAACGUAGAACCCAACCAAACGUCUCCAAUUCCAAGCAUAGACUCUUUUAAUUCUAACCCGACUUUACCGAUAAUUUUAAAAAAAAACAUCACUUCUACCACGCCUUCAAAAUACAUGAAGAUUCCACAAACUACUGUUGACAUGGUCAAGAAUUCUAAUGUUCCCCCUCCGACCAUGUUACCACUAACAAAACAAGCUGAUCACUUGAUUCAAAAAAAUUUGAAUGGUCAACAGCAAGAAACCCCUAGAAAUACUUGGUUUUCUAAAAAUACAAACCAAACCUCUACUGUUCUCAUAAACCAUAGAGUUACAACUCCAAAAGAAAAAGAAACCGAUUUAAAAUAUUCAAAUAUAAUGUUUAGAGACACCAUUCAUUCACCACGAGCAGAAACUACCAGUAACAGUGUUUCUAUCGCAAGCGUGUAUGAAGAUGAUGUCUGGUUCGAUAAAAAAAUGUACGAAAUUUUUCGACUGUACGCUGACAAUAAACGAGGCGAAAUUCCUUUAAUGACCCAUCAUGGUUUUCAAGGAACCUUACUUGAUAGUGGAUUAGCUGAAAGUUUUUACUUUGAAGAAUUGUUUUCUUUAUAUCACGAUGUGUGUGAGGAACAAAUGCUUGAUCCAGAAGAAGGCAUAACUUAUCUUGAUUUCCAAACAAUAUUUAAAGAGGUUGGCGUCGAUUUUGUUGGGUACACUGGUAGAGACCAACACAAAAAAAAAUUAAUAUACUACUGGAUAAUUAGAAAUUAUUUCAUUCCCUUACUUGAACACUAUUGUAAAACAUCUCAUGAAACUGAAAAAUUUCCUUUCCACGUCAUGGAUCAUCAACAUCGCAUAUUACAAAACGAUAACAUCACACCAGUCCUCGAUAUUUUAAUACAAGAAGAUGGAACGGUUCUUGAUAAGGAUGGACGCCAGUUGCCAGGCCCAAUUUAUUCCUUAGACGACCGCUUAUUUGAAUCACCCUUCAGAUCAAAUUUUCAUAAUACAAAGACUCCUCUCCGUCAAAAAAGUUUAUCCUGUUACCAGAACCCUAUUAUAUCGUACACUGAGAACAAUGAAGCCCAGUUUUCCCCUACUGUUACCUUUAAACCGUUCAGUGACAUGAAAAUACUAGAACAAAAUAUAAAAGAUGCUGACAAUACAUUAACUCAUCUUCACGAAUACAAUAUGAAACCUAGAAACGUUAAUCAAGAAACUUUAGAAAUUAAUUUGCAAAACCAAAAAAACGGAACUCAACAACAUCCUGAGGACUUAAACGUUACACAAAAUGUCUACACUACGACACAAGACUGUUCACCUGAAGAGAGAAGUCAAUGUUUUGUCCCACAAACAUCCGUGAAUUUGGUGCCUUUUAAUCAAGGAAAUUCUCUUGAUGUUCCCAAUAGCAAUAGACAGAACUUUUCUAACAAAAGCAUUGAAGGCCAAAAUCUGUAUUAUACUCCAACACCGUAUGUCAUUACGCAAAAAGGUGAAGUAAAAAACACAGAAAAUGGAGAUAUUCUACAUGGUUUCACUGCUGGACACAAUAAUACUAUUUUGGGACCAGAUGAUCGUCCAGUGUGGAAUGCUUGUAUAACACCCACAGGACACGUUGAAUUGCUAACCACUGUUAGCUAUAUCAAAUCUUCUGCAUAUCUAGACGACUUCCCAGCGAAUUGGUCCUCUGACAACGACAAUGAAUCUGCCUAUAGUCGGAGCAGCGAUGAUAUGCACAAUUGCCACGUUUCGCGAAACUUUGAUUGUGGAAAAAGAUUUCGAAUGCCACUACCCAAGUCUUUAAAAAAAAAGAUGUUUUCAAACAGCUCUAACAAUAGUUCUAUACCUGAUUAUAUUAAGUCUGAGUACUCACAAUUCGUACAGUCGCCCCAUUUCGGGUAGCCUUUUCAAUAAUACCUCUUGUUCCCAAAACUUAUUAAUUAUUUUUUUAAAUUAUAUAUCAGUUACAGUCAAAUAGAAAAUUAAAAAAUUACUUAAUACUUUAAGCAUCAAAA